GCAUUCACUCAAAGAUCCAAUCAAGCUGUAUCAGCUGUGAAAAAAGCCAUGUCAAAAGCAUCUCGUGAAUUUUGGAGAUGCAAUUCGAGUCCUCGAGAAGGCGUCACUUUCGAGAAAGUUGGCCCGUUCAUUUAUAAAUCAUUCGAACCUGAGCGGGGUCUGAAGAAAAUCGGAGAUCCUCAAGGUCAUCACUGGUGCGUCGGAGACUGUCCCCGAUUUUCCAAUGCUUUAAGUUUGUGUCCUCGCGGUCAAUUUGCAGAAGACUGCAACAAGUUUGCACACAAUUGUCCUGGUUAUCUAAAGUUUUGCGAAUCUUUCGAUUCGACAAUAAGAAUUUGCAAUUCACCGGGUGGAAGCCAACGCAAGUACGAAUAUGUAGAAGGCUACAAUGGGAAGUUCCUUGGUAAAAGAGGAUCAUGUGCGAGAGUGACUAAUUAUGCUUCAUAUUUGUAUGGCUUUCAUGAAUGUCAAAUUUGCUUAUGUACAUGUGAAAAUCCCGAUAAAAAUUUGGAUAUUUAUGUUAACUUGAGAGAAGUUGUGUCUGAUGUAUAUCAAAACAAAGUCAUCGUGGGGAUUCGUCUGAAAAAAAUCGAUGGAAUUUUUUAUCUUCAAAUACAAGAAGCUGUACUUUUACCAUCGGGCACAGUCGAUCCAAAAACGAAAUCAUGGGCACGAAUUAACACGUAUAAAAGAACUGACGGUAAUGUGCGGGAAGGUGUCGAUUAUUUUCGAUUAAGCUGGGAUCACAGUUCAGUGGAGCUGGACGAUAUUGUGCUCAAUGGCGAUUCCGUUGUAACUGGGGUUAAAUUCACUUUUGCUCAGGGUCUUUUAAGAUUGGAAGUUCGAGGACAUAGAUUCGAUUAUAAGCAAGGAAAAUUGAAAAUUCCUAAUUAUUCGUGGCAUCGUAAUAUUAAAAGUACCAGCAGUCUCAGCCAACUUGGACUGACUUACCUAGAUUUGCCGUCAGAUCAUUCAAACAAUCCGAUUCAUUCGUAUCCAGGUCAGUAUGUGACGUUGAGAACGAGCAGUCUUGAACACGAUGUUGGACAGAGUAUUAUACCAUUCUUGGACGUAGACCCUGUUGAAUUGAGACAGCCAGCGCCUUUGUCAGGAAUUGGAUUAUUCCAUAAAAGUUACAAAAACGGCGCGGCUGGAUAUUUAACGCUUAAAAUUUUGAACUAUGAUUAUGAACCUUAUGUUAAAAUUGUUGUUUAAAAAUCCGGAAUACAACUAAGAUUGAGUAGGUUAGUGAAGAGAAAGACUCAAUAAAAAGAAAACAGUAUUG